AUGACGAUCGUGGUGGACGACUGGUGGUCGGUCGUCGUGAGCUUGGUUGUGAUUUGUGCAGCCUGCAUUGCGAUCAAGAUGGCGAUGCCGACGCUAAUCCACAAGACGAAGACCUCUGCAGCACAUGCUUCAACCGCUGGCUGCGGCUGCUGCGUGCACAGCGCUGCCAGUGCGAACGACCCGGCGGCAACAUCGGCGACGGGCGACUCAACCAGCGAACAACUCCGCUCCGCCAGAGUCGCAGCAGCUCAGGCCGCAGCCACCAAGAUCCACUCGCUCCCAAGUCAAUCUGUCGCUGCUGCUGCUGCUGCUCCGUCGGCCCAGCUCGACAUUGCCAUCCACAAUCGAAUAAGCAUGUCAACAAGGCGAGGCAUGGUUGAACAACAACAACUACCAAAAAACCCCAACCUCACCCAAUUGAUGAAUAUGGCCGCAGACUUGGGUGAAGCUGGGCUGUGUAUCACUCAGAUCGUCCAUGGAACUCGCGUCUGGACAAGUCCCUCCGAGCAAGAACUUGUGCUGGCCUUGAAUGCCGUCUCAGUUCCAGCCGAGCUUGUUGUGGAGCUGCUGCAACGCCCGGAGCGCUGGCGGCUUUGGACUUGCAAUGUUACGAGUGCACGAAUUGCUCAGACCCGAGACCAGGAGACGGACGUCCUGGAGCUCUCUCUCCUCGACGGUCGACGUGUAUUUCGCGCCAGGUUCAUCCCGGCUUCAUCUUCGACGCCUUCCGACUUUGUCAGCGUCGACUUUGACCCUUCGUCGAAUCGCCCACUCGUGAGCGUGGCCGUGAAAGCCGUGUCCCCUACUUGUUGUCUGCUUGCUGUGGCUCAAAGCGGCGCCAUGACAGCAGCCCACAAGAAUGAGGCCGUAUUCUCUGUGACCGGUCGUUUGAAUACGCUAGUCAAUGCAGCAACCACCCGGUCGGCAGCCAUGAGUGCUUCACGUUCGUCGGCUUCUGUUGCUGCUGCUGCCAGCUCAGCACCCGUAGUCGCAUCCAGCAGCCAGAAAUCCGCUCCAACUGCGCGACAUUCGGCACCGGCAGCAACAAGCCAGACUCCAAUUCAAUCCAUUGUGCCCAAGCCUGUCGUUUUGCUCAAAGCGGAGGAAGGCGUCACUCGCAAACUUCCGUUCAAUGACGACUUUGUCCCCGUCCACCAGUACAAGGACACGUGCAUGGCCAUCCUGAAGGACAUUCUGGAGGUUGCGGAUGGCGGCGAGAAUGAAGGCUGGCGGCUCGAGUUUAACAAAAAAAACAUUGCAGUGUACAAGCGCGCUGUCGACGGUCCGGCGGCGUGUGUCUGCGUGAAGGGCACGGGGCGGGUGGAGGCUCCCCCGCGCGCGGUGCUCGACUUGACACUCGAUGUGAAUCGACGAAACUUGUACGACGUCAUGUUCAAGCAAGGCCACAUUGUCGAUGAAUUGCAGGACAUUUACUGCAAGGUCGUCUAUCUCGAGUACGAAGCCAUGUGGCCGACGGCCGCCCGCGACUUUUGCGUUGUCAUUUUCAUCAAGAUUCUGACGGAUGGGCGCUGUGUGUUGGCUGCUCGUUCGGUCACCCAUCCAAACUGCCCCGAGCGCAAGGGCUUUGUGCGCGCGGAUGCGCAAGUGACGGGUUGGGUCUUCCGGCCGAUUCCUGGCGAGCCGAUGGCGUCGAUGGUGACCUACAUUACGCAAGCCGAUCUGAAAGGGAAUAUUCCUGCAAUGCUCGUGAGCAAGGUGACGACAGACCAGCCGUUGUGCAUCGAUCUUCUUCGUAACGUGAUCAAGGGCGUGAAAGACCACGCAAGCUACAUUCAUGUGCCACCUGCUCCCGCUUCGGCAGAGUCGGCCAAAGAAGCUCGCGAGUCUCCCGACGAGGAAGGGGACGAGCCGAGCGCAGGGGCUUCCGCUGAAGCAGCAUUCGGCGAUGCCGAUAGCUGGGACGAGGAUUAUUUCAAAGUCGAGGAAACUACGCAGGCACCGCGCGCAAGUGUCUCAUCUGUGGAAUCGAACAACAACAACACGCCGUUGCCACCACACCUCGAGCUCGCAAUCAACCAAGCCCUGGGGGAGGUGAUGACGGAGGCCAUGUACACUUCCGACGUUCUUCCAAACCAGCUUUCGUCGGAAGCCUCCGAGUCUUUGGUCGGCACAGGCUGGAAGAUUGUAGGGUUUGAGCGUGGAGUUACCCUGCUUCGCAAGCCCACCGCCAACAGUUCUGUGCAUCGUUCGAUGGGCAAAGGGCUGAUUCAGGUCCCUGCCCAAGUUGUGUUUGAGGCCGUGCGAAGCGCAAAGAGCCGACCCAUCUACGACUCCUUGGUCAAGAGCGUUCAAAUCCUGCAGCAUUACGAAGCCGAGGCCCAACUUGUUCAUAUGCAGCACGAGACAACCCAGUGCUUGUUGAAGAUGGCUCGCGAUUUUUGCGUUGUCGUGAAGGCUCGCAAGGAGGCCACGGGCAAGUUUAUUGUCGCUGGUGUGUCUGUUCAACAUGACUUGUGUCCGGUGCAACCCAACAUUGAACGUGCCGAGGCCUAUCCAUCGGGAUGGUUUAUCGAGCCAGUCGAUGCAAAGUCAUGCAUGGUGACCUAUGUGACGCAGGUCGACUUGAAGGCGGGCGUACCCACACGAGUGCUGGACAUGGUUGCAGUCAAGCAGCCGCUCUGUGUGGCAAACUUGCGCCGACACCUCGAGGCUCGCAAUGUGGACGCGCUUGUGACAACACCCGUUCUCGGCUCCCGCUCUCAUCCCCAUUCCUAAUUGUCUCACUCUAGUUGUCGUCGUUCUCUUCCUUAAAUACACUACAGUAUGCUCA